UAUCAACUUGUUAAAUCAAUAAUCCACACCAACCGAACACUGAACCCAUCAAACAUGGCUGGCAAAGGAAAAGGCAAGAAGAAAGAAAAAAAGGAAAAAGAAGAUGGUGGGGAUAAGAAAAAAGGAAAAAAAGGUGCAGUGAGAGUGAAGAAAGGCAAAGCUAAAGGCAGAUGUAAUGUUGAUAUGCUAACUGAAGCGGCAAUGGAUAACGUGUACUACGCAUGUCAUAAUGUACAAGAAUUAUUACAAGCCAGGGGAUUCCAUCCUGCUGAUUAUAGCAAGAAGAAGAAAAAGGGAAAGCGUUGAAAUGUGGUACUGAAUAAAUAGAUUUA